UUUCAGAAUGUGAAAAAUGAUGAACACUAACAAUGAAAUUGCUAUUGUGGGGAUUGGAUGUAAUUUCCCUGGAGGUGAAGGAAUUGAUAAUUUCUGGCGAGUGCUAGAAGAAGGCAAAAACUGUACUACAGUAAUACCACCUGAAAGAUUUAACAUCAACGACUGGUAUGAUCCAGAUAACAGCAAACCAGGAAAAACAAGCACAAGACAUGCAGCUUUCACUGAAGAGUUUAACACAUUUGACAACAAGCUUUUUGGAAUCAAUGAUGUGGAAGCUGAGUGCAUGGAUCCCCAGCAGAAAUUGCUUCUGGAAUGUACCUAUAGAGCACUGGAAGAUGCUGGAAUCACUAGAGAAAAUAUUAGUGGCACCAAAACAGGAGUUUUUGUUGGUAUGAUGAAUCGAGACUAUGGGCUUAUAAGAACCUAUGGCACCUCUGAAAUAAACCAUUAUGAUGGCACGGGGGCAGCAAUGAGCAUAGCUGCUAACCGGAUUUCAUACACUUUUAAUCUGACUGGGCCGUCCAUUGCUAUUGACACCGCCUGUUCCUCAUUCCAUUAUGCUUUGCACUUUGCCUCACAUGCAAUUAAACAAGGAGAUUGUGAAGCGGCUGUGUGUGGAGGAGUAAACUGCAUCAUAGAUCCACAGAUGUUUGUAACACUGACUAAAGCAAAAAUGAUUUCUCCUGAAGGAAUCAGUAAACCCUUCUCUGGAAAAGCAGAUGGUUAUGGAAGAGGAGAAGGUUGUGGUGUUCUGUUGCUAAAACCAUUGCAGAAGGCAAAAGAAGAUUUCAACAAAAUAUGGGGUGUUAUCAGCAACAGCGUCGUCAAUCAGAAUGGAAGAUCUGUCACUCCAAUCACCAGACCAUCUCAACAGGAACAGGAAAACUUGCUACGCAGCAUUUAUCCAUCUCAUGUCGAUCCAUCCAUGCUGCAGUAUAUUGAGGCCCAUGGCACAGGAACCCCUGCCGGAGAUCCCACUGAGGCCGAGAGUAUAGGCAACAUCAUUGGUAAAAAGAGGCCUCCUAAACUGCCCGCUCUCAAGAUGGGCUCCGUAAAAGGGAACAUUGGGCACACGGAGUCAGCUGCUGGGGCUGCAGGCUUAAUCAAGGUUCUUCUCAUGAUGCACCAUGGAAAGAUUGUCCCCUCGUUACACUUUUCUGAGAGCACUAGUAGCAUCGAUACACAGAGAUUAAAUCUCUCCAUUCCAACUCAUGUGGAGAAGUGGGAGGAGUCUAGUGAAUUUGGCAGGGUGGCUGGGGUCAACUGUUUUGGAUUUGGGGGCACUAAUGCCCAUGUUGUUGUCAGACAGGUUAAACAAACCCCAAUUCUUCCCUCAAUCAAAAGGCCUGUUGAAUUGUUUGUCCUUUCUGCGGCUUCCGGUCACUCUCUCAAACUAGCACUGGAAGACACUGCUAGACGUGUGAACACAAGUGAGUCAGUAAUGCUCCCAAAUCUGGCGUAUACAUCUGCCUGCAGGAGAAGCCACCUAAACUUCAAAUACAGAAAAGCAUUUGUGGUGUCUUCUCUGCAAGACUUAGAACAGCAGCUACUAUCUGCAGCUGAAAUGGAAAUGGUUCCAUCCAAGAAAACUCCACAACUGAUUUUUGUCUUCUCUGGUAACGGCCCAAAUUUGAAAGGAAUAUUCAAGACUUUGUUGAGAUCUGAACCAGUGUUCAGAGACAAAUGUAAAGAAACAGAAGGAUUAUUUCAGCAAUGGAUACGGCUGAGUAUCCUAGAACUGAUGGAAAGUGGAGAUGAUGACUUGACAAGGCCCGAAAUAGCCCAGCCCUUACUCUUCAUCCUGCAGGUGGCCUUGGUCACUCUCUUGCGGCACUGGGGAAUGAAGCCAACUACUGUUCUUGGCCACUCAGUUGGCGAGGUUGCUGCUGCCCAUUGUGCUGGCUUUAUUUCUCUGGAAGAUGCUGUCAAGGUCAUCUAUCACAGGAGCAGGUUACAGGCAAAGGUCACGGGAGGCAGAAUGCUGGUUGUUGGUAACAUCCCCGUUCAAGAGGUGUCGGAAGCCAUUGGCGCAUACUCUGGGAAGGUCUGCAUUGCAGCGUUUAACAGCCCUCAGUCCUGUACCUUGUCAGGAGAUGCAGAUUCCAUCAAUGCCGUUCAGAAAGAUCUAGUUAAAUUAUUUGGUGGAAGAGAUGUAUUCCUUCACAUUUUAAAUGUACCAGUUGCAUAUCACAGCCACAUGAUGGAUCCAGUACUGGAAGAGAUAGCAGGAAGCCUUUCUGGGUUAGAGAAGCAGAAGCCUGAACUAGAGAUGGUUUCAACAGUGACCGGGAAGGCUGCCUCAGAAGAUGACCUUGUUUCAGGCAACUACUGGGCCAGACAGGUUCGAGAUUUUGUCAUGUUUGCCCAGGCCAUUUGGACUUCUGUGAAAGAUAAGCAGAAUGCUGUGUUUGUUGAAAUUGGUCCCCACAGAGCAUUGCAGAGGAACAUUAUUGAAACAUUAGGAAAGCAAACUAAAGUCUUUCCUUCCUUGCAAGUUGACAGAGAGUAUGAGGUACUUCUUACAUUAAUAAAAGGCGUAUUUGAACUGGGGUUCAGUCCAGAUUGGCCACAUCUCUAUGAUGGAUAUCAAAGUGUACCAGCAACAUAUCCCAGGUAUCAGUUUGAUCGUAAGAAGCUGAAGUCCCACAUAAACAUGCUGCAACAACCAGUUCUCAAAGCCUCAAAACACCCUUUAAUUUAUAGUAUCAGCAGUGACAAUACAGAAUUCACAUCUUCCAUAUCUCAGGUGCAGACACCGUACAUCUAUGGGCACAAGCACAAUGGUGUCACUCUAGUUCCUGGUGCCUUUUUUGUUGAACUUGCUUUAGCAGCUGUGAUGACUAGUGCAAGACUCAAAAUUCCCUUGCAGUUUGGUCAGGUGAUGAUAAGGUUUAUAUCACCUUGUGUUUUAAAUGAACAUUCCCAUGUUUUGAAAGUAAAAGUUGAAUUGCAAAAAGAAGCACAAGAUUUCAAAAUACUAUCCCUGUCGGGUACAGUUUAUGCAUUGGGACACAUCACAGUGAGACAAAAAAUACCACUUGAAGAAAAGAGUAUUUCCUACACAGAUAUUUUUCAACGGUGUAGAUCUUGCAUAAGCAACAAUGCAAUCUAUGAAAUGUUAUCUUCCUUUGGGUUCCAGUAUGAUUCAACAGUGAAGCAGAUGAAUGAUGUUUUUUACUGUAAAGAACUAAAGGAAGCUAUUUCUUUCAUUAAAGUGAAAAAACAAAUUGCAGCAGAAAUGCAUGAGUAUUUUAUCCAUCCAAUACUCUUAGACUGCUUUCUGCAAAUGACAGGGGUGAUUAUUACAAAAACUUCCAAAUAUAGUAUCGGAUUUCCAUCUUCCAUAAACAGUCUUGUCAUAGUCAGACCUUUGGAAGAGGAAAUGCUGAUGUAUCUGAAAAUAAGCAAAUCGACAGAGAAGUACAUAGAGUUCUGUGGAUGCUUUACAGAUAAACAUGGUUCCAUCUUAGCUGAGCUGAAAUGUGUUAGGAUUACUCUUAUGAAGGAAGCUUCCAGAAGUGAAGAUAAUAUGCUAUUUGAAAAUAAAUGGAAGGAAAUACCACAUUCCCACAUGAUCCAGAACUCAGGAGAUACACCCAAGGCAGCAGUGUUUGCUGAUAAUAUAGGAGUCUCUAAGCGGCUGCAAAAAUUUUUACAUAAAGAUUCUAAGUUUUUGAUAUACAAAGACUGGGAGAAAUUGCUGGAAGUCAGAAGCUUGGAAUCGCCUGCACAGGAAAAACUUAAACUGGUGCUACAGGAUUACACCAAUGUUUUGUUUAUGUGGGGAAUCCAACAGUUAAAUGAAGGAGAUCCAGACUCUGUGGUUGCAGAUUUAUCAAAAUGCUGUGAAGCUCUUCGGCAAAUCAUUAUUGCUUUGAGAGCAAAGAACAUUCAUUCUUCCAUCAAGAUCAUCACAUACAGGACUGCAGAGAAGUCUGUAGACCACAUUAAUCCUGGCUUUGCUUUGUAUGGCAUGAUGCGAAGCUGUAUGGUUGAAGUUUCAGAAAUCACAUUUCAGAUUAUUGAUAUUAGUACCACAAGCACAAUGGACAUCUCAGCCUUAGCAGAUGCUUUAGUAGAAUAUAAUGAUGAUUAUUCUGAAAUCCAUAUCCAUCAUGGGAGAACAUAUGUAUCUGAGAUCAGACGUUCGUUGGUCAAGGAUGUAGAUGACAAUUUACCUCCUCAAGCUUGUCAGAGUACUGAGUGCUUCAGUCUUUUCACUUCUGACCCGUAUGAAGUGAGGGACUUAUUUGCUGAGCUGGAUGAUAACACUGAUAUUCCUGUUGAUGAGCACUGUGUUGAAGUUCAGAUUGAAAAAAUAAGUCUCCAUUCUGAAGACUACUUUCCUGUUAGUGUCUCUAGCAGUAACUUUGGAAACACGUUAUACUGGAAUUCACAGACAAUUGAUAAGCACAGGCUCCUAGCUCUGGAUUGCAGCGGGACAGUAGUUGCAGCUGGCAGCAAAGUGAGAGGGGUUAAGGUGGGAGACCACAUUGCUUCAUGUUACCCAGUGACUGCAUCUUCCAGAAUCAGGAUCCCAGAGGCGGCUUGCUUUAGCACUCAGAAAUUCCCAUGCUUUGAAACUGUGCCAUGUGUAUCCUUCUUUAGAAUAGCAUGGGAGGUUUUGCAUCAGACCUUGCCAGAAAUGAAGGGAUCUUUAGGCAUUAUUUCUACUGAACCAGAGUCAGUUUUGUGCAAAGUGUUGCAUCUAUCAGCUCAGGAAGCAGGAUGGAAAACCAUAUAUACAAGAUCUGACAGCAAUCUGGAGCUAUGUGCUGAUCAAUGCAAUGCCCUCAUUUUCCUACCUCCUCUAGAAAGGUUGCCCAAAGAUGGCUUAGGUUGCUUUUCAAAACUCCAGGAUGUAGUAGUAAUAUGUGACAACCACCAUGCAGAGUGUCUGAGAUCUCUCAUCAGAACGGAUUGUGAAAACGUUCAAAUUCAUAUUCUCAGUCUUACCAGCAUUUUUCAGAAAGCAUCUCUGAAGAAAACAACAAUGCCUUUUUCCAGUUGGGUGGAGUCAUUGCAACAGAAACAGUUUCUGAACUUACCUUGCUCAGUUUUCCAGCAAACAGAGAAAUGUGAGAACUUGGGUUCUUCAGCAUCAUCCCAUUUUACCAGAAAAGCUGUCCCCUUUGUAAUGUUAAAAGGUAAUGUGCACAACCACCUUUUUUCAGAUAUUCCCCUGUAUGGAGGAACGGGGAAAAUGUUUAAGGAGAAUGCUGUUUACAUAGUUACAGGAGGACUCACUGGGCUUGGCUUUGAAACAGUUAGAUUCAUUGCUGAAAAUGGAGGAGGAGGCAUUGUGAUUCUUUCACGGAGAAACCCAAGUGCUGAGAAGCAGAAAGAAAUAAGGGAUUUGCAGCAUCAGAAUAAAUGGAGCAGAAUAAUCACUCAGCAAUGCAAUGUCAUCUUUAGAUCUGACGUUGAGAAAGCUAUUGGUGCAGUUGGCAAGAUCUUUCCAAAGUGCCCAAUCAAAGGGGUAUUUCACAGUGCUGUGGUUUUACAUGAUGGAUCCAUUGAAGCCUUGACCAUAUCUGAUUUUGAGGAAGUUUUCAGUCCUAAGGUUGCAGGAGUCAUGAAUCUUCACCACGCUACUCGAGGGCAGGAUCUUGACUAUUUUGUAUGUUAUUCAUCAGUUGCUUCAUUCCUUGGAAAUUCAAUGCAGGCAAACUAUGCUGCGGCCAAUUCCUUCCUGGACCUUUUCUGCCAUUACAGGAGAAACCAUGGACUUGCAGGACAGUCCAUUAACUGGGGUGCCUUGAAUCUUGGAUUACUGCAAAAUCAAAACGAAAUUCAGAAUUUAUUAGAAUCAAAAGGUAUAGGGAUUCUGCAAGUGAAAGAUUUUUAUGAAUAUUUAAAGUACAGUUUAAUUCAGAACAAUCCUCAACAAGCGAUCAUAAAGUUCAACUUCAAAAAUUUAACCAGUUAUUUCAUUUCGCAAAAUCUUGCAUUCAGAAAUCGCAUGCAUUCAGUCAUCAUGGAAGUCAGUGGUGGGAAGCUUGAGGUUUCAGAGCAAACUGUGUCCCAGGACUUGGUUCCAGUAAAAAAUGAAGAUUAUAUCAUGUCCUUGAUGAGCCAGCUCAGUGGUACAGAUCCAAGUGAUAUUGCAAUGGAUUCAUCACUUUUGUCCAGUGGCAUUGAUUCUAUGUUAGCCAUGACUCUGCAGAAUCGCAUUUUUCAGGAACGAAGAGUUAAUAUACCACUUGUGAAGCUACUUGAUCCUAAUACUACAGGGCGUAAUCUUGCAUUGUUUCUAGAAGAAAAAUCUAAGGAAAUCAGAAAUUCUUACAACUUAUGCUUCAGGAAUACAGAAUACUGA